GCAUGGCUCUUCGCUUUCACAGCACUUUCUAUACAUCUUUGCAGUCGCUUCUCAGCUGCCCCACCAUCGCAGCCAAACUCUCUCCUGAUUUUUUUUUCACCUCGAAGUUGCACCGCGUGCAGCUCCUUCUCUCUCUCCCUCUCUGCCGCGUUCAAGGCUGCCCACGUUGGAACCACUCAUAAUAGUCUUCUUCAACGAAAACACGCACACUCGCACGCAAGCACUAUGGCACCAAAGAAGGUCACAGCAAAGCCAUCGAAGGUUUUCUUCUUUGUGCCGAACCUGAUCGGGUACGCCCGCAUGAUGUGUUCCAUCGUGUCUUACCUGGUGGCUCGUGACUACCCGGCUCUGGCUCUGGUGCUCUACACCGCAUCCUUUGUAUUGGAUGCCGCGGAUGGCAUGGCGGCGCGUGCGCUGGACCAGUGCUCGCACUUUGGCGCCAUCCUGGACAUGCUCACCGACCGCGCGUCGACCGCUGGUUUUCUGGUGGUGUUGGAUGGUGUCAUGCAGCCGAUGCCGUACCGCUACACCUUCGUGUUGUCGUCGCUCCUCUUCCUCGACGUGGCCUCGCACUUCUGCCGUAUGUACGCGUCACUUUUCAUCAAGAAGGAGAGCCACAAGGACGUCUCCGACUCCAUCUUCAGCCUGCUACGCAUCUACUACUCAAACCGCCGUGUUAUGGGCGUCUUUUGCAUCGGGCAGGAGUUUGCGUACAUCUUCCUGUACGCCUGGACGAGCUACAAGAGCGUGGCGGUGCUCAACUCGGUGCUGUGGGCCGCCUUCGUUGCCUGCGCCGUGCCGUGCUUCUUGAAGCAGAUCGUCAACUUGCAGCAGCUGAUCGACGGACUUUACCACAUCGCCUGCGUGGACGCCGUGGAGCGUAGCGAGCAGGGCAAGUCUGCGUAA